AUGCCUGGCCCUUCAACCCGCUCCCUCGAAAUGAUGGUCCUGCAAGCGCACCGUGCGAAGGGGGUUCGCUAUCCUAUUGCGACCCAAAAAGAUUGCUUCAAGACUUGGUAUUCGUAUGCACUAAGACGGGGAGAGGAGGUGAGACAUGCUGCACCCGGGGGAAGGACAUAUUUGUAA